AUGAGAUCCAUCCAAGUCACUGGAGCGGGGGUGGCAUCCUGGGUUGACAUCCCCAAGCCCGAGGCCGGCCCCAGAGACGUCCUACUCAAGAUCAAAGCCUGCGGCAUUUGCGGCUCGGACGCCAUGUACACCGACUACGGCGGCAUCCCUCCGCGCCAGGGCUGCACGCCCCUCGGCCACGAACCCGCCGCCGAAGUUGUCGAGGUCGGCAAGGACAUCGCCGCCCCGGACGUCGAGAUCGGCGACCACGUUGUGAUAGACACCAUGGCCUUCGCCGACGGCCUCCUCGGCUCGGGCGGCGCACAGGGCGCGCUGAGCGAGUACGUCGUGGUCCAUGACUACGAGCCGGGGAAGCAGCUGAAGAAGAUCCCGGAGCACAUCCCCUGGCACGUCGCGGCGCUGAACGAGCCGAUGGCGGUCGCGCUGCACGCCGUCAACCGGACGAGCCCCAAGCCCGGGUGCAAAGUCGUCGUGUUCGGCGCCGGGCCCAUCGGCCUCGGUGCCGUCCUGGGCUACCGCAGGAAAGGGGCGAGCCACAUCACCGUCGUGGACGUCGUGGCAUCGAGGCUCGAGAAGGCGCUCAUGGUCGGGGCCGACGCGGUGGUCAACUCGGCCGAGGCGGAGGACCUCGCGGCGGAGCUGGUGCGGCUGCAGGGCGACGGGGCCACGGCCUGGAACCGGGGCACGCGGCCGGGGACCGACGUGUUCCUCGACGCGGCCGGGGCCCCGCCGGUGCCCGGGCAGGUGGCCCGCAUGGCGAAGCGCGGCGCCACGCUCGGGGUGGUGGGCGUGCACAAGACGCCGACGGAGCUCAACUUUGGGCAGCUCAUCUCGACGGAGCUCAACAUCGUCUUCAGCAUGGGGUACCCGACGGAGAUCUUCGAGGUCACCGACGACAUUGUCGAGAACUGGGAGAAGUAUGCCGAGAUCGUCAGCGACCAGAUCCCGUACGACAAGGCGACGGAAGCGCUCGAGCUGGCCAGGUCGGGCAAGGCGAACAAGGUCGUGGUGGUUUUUGAAUAG